AUGCACUUUGACGAUGGAGAUGAUGAGGAUGAGGAGCUCCAAGAUCAGCCCCGAUUUUAUGCCUUUGCCCAGAAGAUAGAGUCAUUAAUUCGUCGGUUCGAGCCUCGCCAACUCCAGAGUUUCAGCUGGGAUUUGGGGACAUGCUUACCGCCCGAAAUCUUUGGGGUCAAUGGCGUUGUCCCGCUUCAACAGUCCUCACUCCAAUCAUUGAGUUUGAUCACUGAUCCUACUUGCCGGGCCUGUUAUGAUGGAGAGUGCGAGAUAGAUUUAUCCCCAUUCAGCAGCCUUGAGAGCUUGAGCUGGAUAGGCCCUACCUCUGAUAAUUUGCACGCGCUUACCGUCGCUCUGCAGAAUAAUUCGACGCAUCUCAGAAACCUAAAAUUGGAUUUUUUAAACUGGCACGAACUUCGAGAAUACCUGGGCUAUUUCAGCGAUGACGAAGAUGACCCAGAUGGCACCAAAGAGAUCAAUUACUUUGCUGAUGUCGUUCUUGGAUUGAACGUUUACACUCUCCACGCCCCUUAUUCCCAAGAAUCUGCGUGCUAUCCCUCUCGCAGGUACCCCUCUCAACAACAAUGGCCCAUGCCUUCAAUUUCGAGACCCUCUCGUCUCUAA